AUGGAGUCUCCGGAAAAGGACCUUAGGAACGGUGCUUCUCGAUUAUUUCCUUUUGAUGAGUUAUGUUGCCCCGACCACUCCGACAAUUCGUUAUCAACGGAAAUACCGGACUCUAUUGCAGUGCAGCGAUGGUUCUCGCCAGAUGCCCAUCCACGGAAGACCAGCCAGAGUGAUAGAACACACAUUCCACCCUACACAUCCCGACCAAUCUCCAGGGCUUCGAAACGUAGCUCAUCGUGCGAGUCCUUGCAAUCUGAAUCAUCGUCCAUGAUGAGAUUACUAUCGCGGCAAAAUCCCAAUCUGCAGCUACCACCGUUCGAAUCCCUAGGCAUUACAGCUUCUUCCCAAGCAUCCGUUUCAGUAGCUUCGACCCUGAAUUCUGGACGUCCUCCGCUUGCCGUAUGUGAUUUCUCUUCUUCCAUUGCUACUUGUCCUCCUCUGUUCUCCAACGCGUCGCCUGAAAACCCGUUAUCUCACCGAUUCGAUCCAACACUCGCUUUCCCUCCCACACCCCCAGCAGAAAUUGGUGCUGUCAAGUGGAAUUCAGACUCGGAUAGUGCUAUCUGUGAUAUAAAAUCGAGUACUCAGUAUAUACCAUCGCAAUUCGACAAUUUCACCAGCAUGUACUCUCCUUCGCCAAAUGGGAAUGACCCUCAAGCUCCAGAGUCGACUGCACAGAGUGUGGGAUCGAAUGGGAGUGUUCAACCGCCCAUGGAGAAUCACUUACUCGCCAACGACGAUCCGAAAUCAUGGCUUAAACAUGGAAUUAACCUCGUUGUGUCUGCCCUCCACAUUUCAAAAACUCCUGGCCAAGCCGUACAAAUGGUUUCGCAAACUCUUCCAUGUCCACCUACCGAUCAAUCUAUAAACUCCUCUCCUGGUUCCGCCUUUGGCUCCAUUGUUGAAGAAAUCCAGUAUAGGCUCCAACCAGAACAGUCUCCGUAUAUCAACAUAAUCCAUGCAAUGCCUCCAAAAUUCAGCCUAAAUAACCUACCAACAUCUCCUCCUAGUACUCCAAACCGGUUUUCUCCAGGCGACGACUACUUCAAUUUAACAGUAUUUUCCAGUGGUGUUCCUGUUUCAGCAUAUUCAUACCAUGACUCCGCUUGGGAAAAUUUACCUUCAGGGACGAUGCGCACACCCACACCAAUUGUUCCUCCAUAUAGUGUCCACAUCUCCAUAGUGGAACGUUAUCUUCCUCCGCCUUCACCGAGAGAAUAUCGGGAUCUUUUCUCAGCCACUGGUCCAUCCGUCCUCGUCGAUCGCCUCCGUGAACUGUCCCCUCAAGGAGGCAGUCUCGUACUGAUAUAUCCAACUAGGGCAGGCGCUCAUACCUUCAAAAACCACUACCUCGGUCCCAUCCUUGAACCCCUUCUACGUCAAAUGGUGGUCGUCAACGAACUUUCCGCAGAUACUGGAAAACUUCUAGGGUGUAUGCCCGCCAUAUCCGAAAUGGAGGAUUUCGAAACAAUGCAAAACAACAUUUUGCGGCUAUGCCAAAAUCUAAGCCAACGAAAGCCUACACUGGAUAGUGUGCCAACCUCUUCGAAUCGUGGAUCAUCUUUCAACAUGAUAUACGGAAGAAAGGGAGAGAUUCGUAUGGAUAGCAAGUCGUGGAUUGAAUGGUACAUUCAGCAAGAGACGCCACGGGCAAGGGCGAUCUUGAAUGGUCACUGGCGGACUGGCUAUAAAAUUCCAUCCAACCACAUAACCUCUUCAGGAAACCAGAAGUCGUCGAAUAGGGAUAUGCCGUGCCCGUCUCUUUUACAAAUGCUUUUUCAGGGACUUCGGAGUAGGUCUACUGCCAAUGGUACGGAUCUUGGGCCAAGUUUGGAAGUUGGCGUAUUUGUUAUUCGCAGAUCGCAAUAA